CUCAUCAUCGCUCUCUCUUCUCACAGCAGCGCGAGCUUCAAGACCCUUCAAGACCCGGUUGAAAGCUCGAAGACGAUCCUGAAGAGAGAUGGAGGCCAGCCGUGGGUUCGCUUUGCUUCUCUUUGCUUUGCUUCUCUUCUCCUCCUCCUCGCUGGCUCGUCCAUUGUCGACUGCUCCACAAGUUCUCCUGGGUGGAGGAAAACCAGAGGCUGAUGGCAAUCUAGCCACCGAAGCAGCUGAUCUCUCGAAUUUGAUGGGGGUGGAGGCAGAGGAGUCCUGCGGCGACCAAGAUGAAGAAUGCCUCAAGAGAAGGAUGGUCGCGGAGGCUCACUUGGAUUACAUCUACACCCAGGACCACAAGCCUUGAUUGCUGUCAAUCUGGUGAUCAUGUGAUGAUGUACCUAAAAGCUAGAAACAAAGAAUGAAAGAGGAAAGCAUUAUAGUUUGUGGGAAAAUCCAGCAUAUGUUAAAGAAAAAGAAAGGGGAAAAAAAAUAGACCCAAAAAUAAAUUAAUUUGGAUCGACACUUGUAUCACUAGUUACUGCCAGUUGGCUUGUGCAUAUUAUGUCUGUGUUGGCGAAGAACCCAGAAGACAGGAGUUUGGCUUUUUAUGC